AUGUCAUGUUUAACUAUUGAAGAGCAAGAUUUCGAGGCGUCACAAAAGUUUAUGCUCAGCAUAGAAGACUUUAAGAAAGAUGCAAAUGGAAAAAGAAUUAGAAAAAUAGAGGAUAGAAUAAAUAAUGGGAAUUCGAUAGAAGUGUGGAGUGCCGAAGAUAAAAAAGAAGAGAGGCAGAAACUCUAUUGCAAAGUAAACUUCCUUCAAGAUGAAGUGGUGGACAAUGGUGUUGUGUGCAAACAGGAAUUUAUUCGCUCUCACGUAGCUUUAGGUAUUCCUAAACACGAGGUAAAAGAAACGUUUCGAAAAAUAGCAUACCGUAAAUCUCAUAUUUCGUGGGAAGAAUUUGAAACGCAGUAUAAAUUAGUGUUAAAAUAG